AUGAUUGUGGCGUGCUCGACGGUGACGGUGACAAAGUGCCAAGCGGCGUUGCGCACGCUGCAGGCCUUCCCGUUCUUCAAGCCCACCUGCCUCUGCCGCGAGCCGCACGUCGACCCGGAGUGCAACUCCUUCCGGGACUUCCUCUUCGACCACCCCUGCAUCUUCGUGCUCAAGAAGGAGAAGGACCCGUACCCAGUGGAUGCUCUUCCGACGUGCAACCACGCGCUUUCCGUGUGUCAGCAAGAGCGCAAAUGUAUCAAACUGUUCGACGAUUUCAAGUCCAACUGCAAAGUCCGGGAUCAGAAAUGCCGGAUGGAAGACAGAGACUUGUGUCAUGAAGCUUGGACCAAACUGAGAUUGUCUCCAAUGUUUGGUUGCAUAUGUCCAAAUAAUCAUAUGAAAAGGCGCUGUGAUCGGAUAUUUACGAUGGUUAAUCACAAUCCUUGUGUCGACGUUCUACCAGCCUCCCUUGAUUUAUCUGGCACAGACUCUGCACUCUACCCGUAUGACCCCGAGCAAGGAAAUUUCCGAGAGUUGUGGUACCCCAGCUUGUAUCCGUACUUUCUCUCCCCGCCCACCUCGCACCAGCACCCGCAACCGUCCCUAGAAGAAACUCAAAUAGAUUACGAUGACUCGGAAACUAAACUGACUGCUUCCUAUUCGGGGUCAAUUUCAGUUAAGGUGAUAUCCUCGGAAAAUGCCACGUCGUUUGACGGCAUUGAGUCUCAGUUAGAGAACCCUCUAGUUGGCAUUAGGGGUGCCAACCAGAAGGAUUAUAACGGAGUAAGGCAGGAAGUGCAAUGGCAAGGCAAUGGCAAUGGCAACAGCUCGCUAUUUGACGAAGACGGACAGCCGAGGCGGACUAGUUUGACGCAGUACCCGGGAAAAAGUAUGUAUCCCACAGGCACCCUCGAGCCAGAGACGAACAACAAACCCGUCCCCUGCUGCCUGCAGGCUGCUCUUUGCGCCACGCUUUAA